CUUUGACGUCAGCCACGUUAGAUUUCAGUAGUCCAAGAUGGCGGAGGUGAGCGGGUUGAGGAGCCGAAAUCACUUCGAGCCCAGCUGCAAAAGCCGAGUCGUUGACGAAGGCUUGAGUGGUGUGGAAGAUGUCCCCAUUUUUCGGCAUAAGCAGAGGCCUCCUUUAGCCAUGUCCGAAGACCUGGAGGAUGAAUUGCUCCCCAGCACUACAGCCUCAAACUCGGGCAAAAAUGCCAGCCUCGCCCCCUCAACAGUUGAAGAGACUCGGGAAGAAGAGGAUGUGGUAGAGGAAGAGAAGGCCAGGCCCAUCCAGAUUGUCCUGGCCAACGAGGAGGAGCACAGCUUUGAGCUGGACGCUGCAGCGCUGGAGAGGAUCCUGCUGCAGGAUCACGUCAAGGACCUGAAUGUGGUGGUCGUGUCCGUGGCCGGGGCCUUCCGCAAGGGCAAGUCCUUCCUACUGGACUUCAUGCUGCGCUACAUGCACAGCCAGGGCAAGCCGUGGAUGGGAGGGGAUGAUGAGCCCCUGACAGGGUUUACCUGGAGAGGAGGCUGCGAGAGGGAGACCACAGGAAUUCAGAUCUGGAGCGAAGUCUUUGUGGUCGACAAGCCUGAUGGCAGCAAGGUCGCGGUGCUCCUCGUUGACACUCAGGGAGCCUUUGACAGCCAGUCCACCAUAAAGGACUGUGCUACUGUGUUCGCCCUCAGCACAAUGACCAGCUCUGUACAGGUGUACAAUCUGUCCCAGAACAUACAGGAGGAUGACCUGCAGCAUUUGCAGCUCUUCACAGAAUAUGGCCGGCUGGCAAUGGAAGAGAUCUACCUGAAACCUUUCCAGUCCCUGAUGUUUCUGAUUCGGGACUGGUGUUAUCCUUAUGAACACGACUACGGACUGGAAGGAGGCAACAACUUCCUAAACAAAAGACUACAGGUGAAACAGAACCAACACGAAGAGCUGCAGAAUGUCAGGAAGCACAUCCACUCCUGCUUCUCCAACAUCGGCUGCUUCCUGCUGCCACAUCCGGGCCUCAAGGUGGCCACCAACCCUUACUUUGACGGCAGGCUGAAAGACAUCGAUGAUGAUUUUAAGAGGGCGCUGGCCAAACUGGUGCCUCUCCUCCUGGCCCCAGACCGACUGGUGGAGAAGGAGAUCGGAGGGAACAAAGUCACCUGCAGAGAUCUCCUGGAGUACUUCAAGGCUUACAUAAAGAUCUACCAAGGGGAGGAACUGCCUCACCCAAAGUCCAUGCUGCAGGCGACAGCAGAAGCCAACAACUUGACUGCUGUGGCGGGAGCCAAAGACCUGUACGGCAAGAAAAUGGAGCUGGUCUGCGGUGGGGACAAGCCAUACAUUGCCCCGGCCGACCUGGAGCGCUUCCACGAGGAGUUUCGCGAGCACUCGGUGCAUUACUUCCGCUCCGUGAAGAAAAUGGGCGGCGAGGAGUUCUGCCAGCGCUACCAGAGCCAGCUGGAGUCCGAGCUGGACGAGACCUACACCAACUUCUCCAAGCACAACGACGGCAAAAACAUCUUCUACACAGCACGCACACCUGCCACGCUUUUCGCAGUCAUGUUUGCCACCUACGUGGUGUCCGGCGUGACGGGCUUCAUCGGGCUGAGCACCUUAGCGGUGCUGUCUAACCUGGUCAUGGGCGUGGCGCUGCUUUCGCUCUGCGCCUGGGCGUAUGUGAAGUAUUCCGGAGAGUUUCGGGAGUUGGGAACGAUGAUAGAUCUGGUGGCCGAGACGCUCUGGGAACAGAAGACGGUCAGAAAGGUGAGCGGUGUCGGUUCCCAUUUCUCUGAUCUUCUGCCUGCCGUAUUUCCUUUCCUUUUACUUUCUCCACCUGCUGCUACCAGUCUCCCCCUAUUCUUUUCAUUUGUUUGGUUCAACAUCUACCAAGUUUCCUCAGGCUUUAAUCUCUCCUUAUCUUUUUGUUACUUUUUUUUUUUAUUAUUAUUUCUGCUUAAUCUCUUCCCCAAAUGUCUGGAUACAUCUUUCUCAUCUUUUAUCCCUCCUGCUCCAGUGUUUGUCUCGCUGUCAGUCUUAGUUCUUGUUUUAACUCUCCCGUUCCUCCCUGCUGUCCUCUCAGGUGUUUUCCAAACUUUUGGAGCCUGUCAGGAGCCGCCUGGCUUGGCCCGUCUCUCUCCUCCCUUCAUUCCCACCAGGAGCGAUGCUGGGACUCCAGGCUCUGUCUCCUCUCAACAACAACAACAACAACUACAAGAAGAUGAACUAGCUACUAGCCCGAUUUACAGACUGUUAAACUUCCUUCUCAUAUCCACACUUCCUUUGCUGGCUUCUUUUUAUUGCUAACGUUCAGUCCAAUGGUGCUGGAUUCUUGUACUUUAACCCCUGGACCCCCUCUGAACACUGGCAGGCCAGGCUCAUCUCAGGAUCUCAUGGACGCCUGCCCAAAUGGUUUUGAAGCCACUAAGUGAACAUUAUAUGGAAGACAACGUCCGACAGACGGUGGUUAACUCCCUCAAAGCCAGCUUGACAGAGCAGAGCUCACAGC